AUGAUAACAUUUAACAAUUUAUUACAAAAAGUAUUAAGUCCGAGAGGAAUGGAUAAACUGAAAAUUAAAUAUGAUGACGUUAGAAAACUAAAAACAUAUUACGAGAUCUUCUGUCCAGUCACAAAGGUUUCGGAUGUGCAAGAUUAUAUUUUAAAAACAGAUACCAAAUCUACCCAUUGGGAAUUCCAUAGUGAAACAAUAGAAAUGGCAAGGAAAGUGUAUGAAUUUGCUCAAUCUCAAACAUUUACAAACUUUUAUAAUAAACAUCUUAAUGAAGUAGUAGGAAUGUUGACAGUUGAGGAUAUCACAAAAACAAUACUUACUAAAGCACUGGAAGGUUUUGCUCAAUUAUGUAAACAAUAUAAAGGUCAAGAUUGGGAAAAGUUAAAAUGUACUGAUGUUGUUUCCCUCUGGAAAGAUGUAACCAAUGUUGAACUCGAACUUAAAUUAAUGGAAAAUUAUGUUGUUCUCGACAAAAGACAAAAGCAUUUUGAAAACCUUGUCAAGACGCUAAAACAACUUGCAUCUGUACCAAAUUGGGUCGUUCGUCUUGAACAAAUAUCCACGACUAUAGAAAUUUUUAAUGUUCCACAUGAAAAAGACCAUUGGCUGAUUAAAUCUCGACGUAUUUUGCAAGAUGAUAUUUUAACCCUUGGAAAUUUAAAUAACUUUUUCGCUAAAAUAAACGAUACUCGCUGGCCUUUGAUUUUGAUUAAAGAAUUAUCUGAAGCUAGCGAUUUUUUGGAAUUCCUCAAAAGCAUUGCUGAACAUGAUAUAAAAAAUCUUAUUAAUUCGUAUAAUGCUGUUGAUUUUAAUGAUGAACGAUUAAAUCAAGAGGAUAUUGCUUCAUUAAUUCAAGUCCAACAAUUGCUACUUCAAUUGAUGAAAAGAGCGAAAGAGGAGGACAUAAGUAUUAUAAAAUUUCUUGUCUAUUUGGCCUCCGUCAAUACCGAUAACCCUACAUUAAUCAGCAAAAUUUCUUUGUGUCAGAAAAAGAUAAGGCCUUAUUCUCUAACUUAUUUGAGAGGAUGUGCUUUAUUAAUUGCUAAACCUACUUUCGCAGUAAACAUAAGAAUGGAUGCAAAUGAAGAGGAACAAAUAGCAAGGGCCCAGAUAAUGGAUGAAUUUGUUCGUCAAGUUAAUUUAGUUCACGAGAUUUGCAAUGUUGGAUCGCAACUCAUACAAGUGGACCAUUCUGGUUAUCGGCAAUAUAAGAAAUCGAUUUCUGAUAACAAUAAGAUGAAUGAAUUAACCGAGUUGCUUAAAUCACUUACAAAAGAUUUAAAACAAUGGGAAAAUAUUAAAAUCUUUUCUGACUUAAAAGGCCGAUCUAUUAAAAAAUUUGAUUAUAAUACAUUUAAAGAUAUUGCACUAAUUACAAAUGGAGAAUUUGGUAUAAUUUAUUGUGCUGAUUCAACAAAUUUAGGAAAACAUGUUGUAUUAAAAAGUUUUUAUGCCGAUGACAACAAAUUCUUUUAUGAAAAAUUUGUGAGAAAGUUAACGGAUGUGGUUUCUGUAACCAACCAUGAUAAUGUUAUUAAUUUUUAUGGAAUCAGUAUAGUUAAAAUCAAUAUGGCAAAAGAUUUAGCAAGAGGUCUACAUUUCAUUCAUCAAGCAAAUAUUGUUCAUGGAGAUCUAGUAAAUUUUGUGUCAUCUAGAUCAUUAUAUUCUGAUUCAAAUUCUAUUAUUGGGGGAAUGUUUGCAUACACUGAUCCUGAAUAUCUACUAAAUCCGAGAAAAUAUAAAAUAAACAAAGCUUCAGAUGUAUAUAGUGUGGGGGUUCUCUUUUGGGAGCUAUCAAGCGGAAGACCUGCAUUUUAUAAUUUUACAGAUAUUCAAAUAAUAAAACUAGUCACAUCUGAUGAAAGGGAAAAACCGAUUAAAGGAACACCUUGGAAUUACAUCAACAUUUAUUCAUGCGCAUGGCAUUGUAACCCAACCGAAAGACCAACUAUAGAAGAUAUUUACAUUAGUUCAAAAUUCAAAAAUAAUGAAAAAUUCGGAAAUAAUGAAUUUGAAAGCGAUCCUGUAUCGUCUGAUUCAUCUAUAGAAGACCAGGGAGAAGCUUCUACUUCUCAUAAUUUUAAUGAGCAUGAAUGGUUUUAUGAUACAUUAAAAAAUAACGAUGCCACAUUAAUGGAUGAGAAAAUGGCUAAGAUGAAAGUAGCUUUAAAAUUUAUUGUUGUUGUUGAUUCUAUAAAAUUAUUUGUUAAUGAGAUAUUUUUACAAAUUUUAAUUAAUUACUUUUCAAAAGAUUGUUGGAAACAAGAACCAGAUCAACGUCCAAACAUUGAUAAAGUUAUUCAAGAUCUUGAAAAACUUAUUAACAGAUAUAAUUGA